AUGUGCGGCGCUCGUGACACAAGCAUCCAAUCACGAGCGAAGUCGGUAGAAUGGAGACACGUCCGAACAAAGGACAAUCCCGCCGAUGCUUCAUCUCGCGGACAAUUACCGACCGAAUUUACGAAAAACAGUCUUUGGAUGCACGGUCCAGCCUGGCUGACAGAGGACAAAACCCAAUGGCCGUCGAUUACACUGAACGUAGCACAGGAAAUUCCAGAAUUACGUAAUGCAACCUGCCUUAUCACCGCUGGAGGAGACUCGAUGCUUGAACGAUACAGUACGUUUACUGAACUACAAAGAGUCACCGCUUAUUGUCUGCGAUUUAAAAACCGAAGAACAGGUCCGCUCAUAGUAGAAGAACUAAGAACAGCUACUCUACGGAUUAUCGCAUGGAUCCAAAGAAUCUGCUUCGCAUCUGAGCUACACGAUCUGCAACGAGGUCGUCCAAUUAAUUCAAAGAGUUGUCUAACCCCUUUAGACCCUGGGAUUGAUGAAGACGGAGUCAUAAGAGUCGGCGGUCGUUUAAAUCAUUCAUCUCUCUCUUACAAUCAGAAGCAUCCCAUAAUUUUACCAAAAAACCACAAGAUCACAGAACUCAUUAUCCGGAAGGAACACAUCUCGGGCCUCCAUGCAGGUACUCAGGCUACCCUGUACAACCUCCGAAAAAACUACUGGAUCAUCGAUGGACGACGACAAAUAAGCAACGGAAUCCAACACUGUGUGACCUGUGCCAAACUGAAUCCUCGUCCAAUUAAUUACAAAAUGGGUCAACUGCCAAACGUCCGUGUAUCAGAAGCUAGACCAUUUAUUCAUUCAGGCGUAGAUUAUUGCGGUCCAUUCUUCAUCAAAGAAAAACGUGUACGAAAUCAAAACAAGGUCAAGGCCUACAUAGCUGUUUUCACGUGUUUAGCCACAAAGGCAGUUCACAUAGAAUUAGUGAGCGAUCUUACCACCGAUGCCUUUAUUGCCGCACUACGACGUUUUACCGCCAGACGCGGCCGCUGUAAUUCUAUAUACUCAGACAAUGGCACAAACUUUGUUGGGGCUAAAAACGAAAUCCAGGAAAUACAGACCCUAAUACGUUCAUCGAAGCAUAACGAAAAGGUACAAAAAUAUCAAUCAGAAAAGGAAAUCACUUGGCACUUUAAUCCUCCAUAUUCACCGCAUUUUGGAAAAAUCUGGGAAGCCAUCGUCAAGUCGUUUAAACGGCAUUUUUUGCGAGUAGUCGGCACUGAAACCCUCACUUUCGAACAACUGACUACUCUUGCAACCGGAAUCGAAGCAAUUCUUAAUUCUCACCUAUUGACUCCUCUAUCCUCUGACAUUAACGACCUUCUCCCUCUCACUCCUGCACAUUUCCUGAUUGGUGACACGAUGACGAGUUCACCCCAACAGGAUUUCUCGGAUAUUCCACCCAACCGUCUCUCCAUCUGGCAAAAUAUUCGAAGGAUGAGACAGUCAUUCUGGGAUAGAUGGCACAAGGAAUAUCUGUCGGAACUCAACGCCCAUUACCGAUGGACCACCUGGUGUCACGCCAUCAAGAAAGGCUCCUUCAUUCUCAUCAGAGACGAUAACCUUCCACCCAUGCAGUGGCGCAUGGGCCGCGUGACAACAAUCCAUCCAGGAGCAGACGGCGUUAUCCGCGUCGUCUCAAUCAGAACAGCGAAAGGGGUCAUCGAUCGGGCCGUAAAGGAAUUGGUUCUAUUACCAAUUGAUCCAGAAGCAGAGAACCUCUCUUAA